GGCGUUGCCAGGUGCGAGCAAUGGGGAGCAGGUGGGGAUACCGAAUGCAGAGAGGAAGAAGGGGAAAUGCGCGUAGAAAUUAAUAGAGUGAAGAAAUGACAGGAAUUGGAAUGAAACAGUUCUUCGAGAGGAAGUAGAUAACAUAAAUAGGACGUAGCCUGUGCUGAUAAUGAACAGAGUAAACAGCCUUGACCAUUGCUGUGUUAAGGUAAGAGCUCAGUGCUGUCCUGUAGGUACCCGUUGUUUGACCAAGUGGCCGCAGAUCUCAAGAACGUUAGAGAUGAGGAAUGUCUUCGAGAAUAUCCAUCGUCAUUCAGCCAGACAGCAAUCCUAACACAACGCAUUGAAAGCGACGUUGAUCUGAUCUGUCCGUGUAAAUAGGAUUUGCAAUGACACACUUUUGUCACAAAGCAAAAGACUUGCUGUGGUUGACAUUCUCACAUGCUCCAUCAGCCAGAAAAAUAGUCCAGCAUCUGGGUCCACAGUCAAUUAUUUCCUCAGCCAACUGGAUGUGCACUAAUCUCCAAAUGCAAUACAUGCAGAAUGCAGUUUUGAAGCUAUUGUGUUUCCUUCCUUCAACUGGAUUGUGAAAUUUCUGUACAACCUCCAUCACUUUUGGGUUUGAAAAUAUAAAGUGACUUGAUAUGCCAAGUUCACUCUGUGUUAGAAGACAUCAAGUUUGCAACUAUAUGUGGCUGGGUUUUAUUUUUCUGGAUAAUUUAAAUAAACAAGGCUCAACAAUGAACUGACAGUCUUGGUCACAGCAUUCUGUAAUACGUUGCCAACACUGAAUACUUACUUUCUGUGAUUACAGUAAAUCUCCAAACAACUGACAAGGUCAGGAUUUUGACAGUGCUGGACUAGCAGAUUUUCCAGACAAUUGGAUGUUAUUCCUAUUAUUACACAAAUACAUUUUUAAUUCUUUUUUCUAAAUGAUACAUUAUAUUAGAAAAAAUUCCUGGUAACCUGGUAAGUUUAAACAGCGUGUGGAAAAUUGGACCCUGCUGUGUUUGAAGAGAGCCAGGAAAAGCAGUGUCCCAGUGAGUUGAAAUGGGAGCACAGGAACCCCUGUGAGGUGAAUGGGAAUGUGGGAAGCAGGGUCUCUGCAAGUUACAAGGAAACAUUUGAAGUGGGGCCCUGGCAAGUAGGAAGAGAGCAAACAUUAAGAAUGCCAUUAACUACAGCUGAUGCCAUGUCACCAAGUAAGCUCUUCACCUGACUGUUAGCUGAUACCAGUUGAUGCUUUGCUGCCAUGGGGAAACUGCAAAGUAAACAGAAACGCAACAUAUCACGAUACAGGGUUGAUGGACAUGCAGACUACAGUCCCACCAGUCAAACAGUGCAGCAAUACAGUCCUGCACAUAAUGAUGCUGUGACAUCACUAGCCUCCCUCACAUCUGAACAAUGUGUGUCUGGUGGAAACGACAAGACAGUAGUCAUAUAUAACUGGAAAUCUGGUGGCGUGCAGCAGAAAUUCAUGAGCCAUGAACGUGAUAUCACCAAGGUAACCUGCAACUUCAAGUCAAAUAGAAUCUUCAGUGCUUCACGUGAUAAAACUGCCCUGAUGUGGGAUGUGGAUUGUAAAGCUGGACCACUGCAGGAGUUUACUGGCCAUGAACUGGGGGUGACAGGCCUGGCUGUGAGCCCAGGUGGGUUGCAACUGUGUACUGGAUCCCGGGAUAACUCCAUGUGUAUCUGGGACGUGGAAACUGGAAUCUGUCUACAAAAAUCUUCUAUUUCGAGGAAUCUGGUGACACAUAUCUGCUGGAUUCCUACAGAAUCACUGGUCAUCCAGACUUCAGAGGACAAGAUGGUCAGGAUCUGGGAUAUUCGUGAGCUCCAGGUGACCCACACCUUCCCCAUGAAGCAGUACAUUCAGGCACACUGCGACACCAGUCCAGAUGGACGAUAUUGCAUCACCUGUAGCAACGGUUUUGGAGGCGAGGGCUGUGAGGCCACACUUUGGGAUUUAAGGCAGGCAAAACGUAAAGUAUGUGAGUAUAAGGGACAUCGACAGAGUGCUGCAGCCUGCAUCUUUCUCCCAGGUGGGACUUCUUCAUUCCCUUUGGUGGCCACCUCUGCGCAUGACUGUACCGUGAGGAUCUGGAAUCGUGACACUGCAGUCUGUGUUGGCUCCCUUUGCCUGGAUGGUGCUGGACCUCUCACAUCAUUAGUCUCCAGUGACGGUGCCAGCCUCCUGUGUGGCAGCUUUCAUACGGGAAUCCACCAUCUCCAAUUGAACCAUUCAAAUGGCUGCAGCCUGAGUGAGGUGGCUAGAUUCUGAACAGGUGAACGAGUUGGAGGUGCAACAACGUAGCAGAGGAGCAGUGGAUGGUUUGUGGAAGGUCCCCAACAGAAGAGGUGGCAGUGGAGAGCUGCACAGCCAGAAUAAGACAACAUAGAGUACGAAUCAAGCAAUUCAAAGAGCAGUGACCUCUGUUACCACAGUUUCCUCUUAUAAAUCAUGUCUAUAUGCAACACAGAUCCUGUGGAUUAUAUCAGUGUAGUUCAAGUUAAUUUACUGCACAGUAUUAAAUCAGUAUGCAUUGUUGUAGAUUCCCAUUAUUUAGCCAUUGAAUAAUUGAGCUUUAGACAUAGGAAUGUUCCUGUCUUUUAUUCCCAGUCAGUGCUAAGUUAACUGAUCUCAGCUGGGAAGGAGCAGCACUGUUGCAAUCAGUCUCCUGGCCCUGGAGUGGGGAUGUUCAUCAGGGAGCUGGGGAGUGUGAGUCGGCAGGUACAGUAACUCCACAAUUUACCAAUGUUCUAUUUACGAAGUUUAGCUAUAAGGAUAUGGUACCUGAUGUGUCCAUUUCUGUGCUCUGAAUCUUUCACUUCAACACCAGUUGUGGCUCUAUUGCUAUCAGUGAUAGGAGUAUGGACCUGCUGAAGGCCAAAUAGCGAAGCAUAGACCAUCUGAGAGGCACAGAGAGAUAUGGUACAGAAACAGGUCCUAUCGCUCACUGGGUCCUCACCAACCAUCAACCAACCAUUUACAUCAUCCUUCAUUAAUCCCAUUUUUUUCUCCCACAUUCUCAUCAACCUCCCCCACUCCCACAUUCCACCACUCACCUACACACCAGGGGCAAUUUAUAGCAGCCAAUUAACCUACCAACCCACACAUCUUUGGGAUGUGGGAGGAAACCGGAGCACCCAGAAGAAACCCACGCAGUCACAGGGAGAAUGUGCAAAUUCCUUACAGACAGCAUCUGAGAUCUGGAUUAACCCUGCAUCUCUGGUGUUGUCAGGUAGCAGCUCUAGCAGCUACGCCACUGUGCUGCAUUGUAAUAGAUAGUAUUGGAGGGAAAGACCAUGGGAUCUUUGAAUGGAUAAGUUGACAUCAUGAGGAAGGGCAAAGGAUGGUAAGGUGAACUCUGGACUUCUCUGGAGCUCAUUAUUUUACUAUUGCAAACUUCCAACAUUCCAUGAGGCAAUGCCAUUUUUGUACAUUCCUGACUCGAUUACCACUGUGAUGUUAUUACUAAUGUAUGUAGCACAUUGUGCAAGGUUGUAUUGUGAUGUAGCCCACUUGAUUGGAGUCCUUGCUAAGGGAGCAAAGCACUAGGAGCUCAGGCAAUAGCUUUCACUAGUCUUUCGGUGGGUCUCUACAGUGGUGGUAUUAGUAAAGGAGAGCAAGCAGAGAAAUUAGAACUAUGCAAACAUCCUGCCAAGAGACCGUAGACUCAAUGGGAGAAGCGGCUUCUUACCGUGCUUUAACAAUUCCAUCGUUCUGUUCUAGUCUGGAGCUGAAUCCUGUACAGUUGUGCUGCAGUUUGGCUACGAAAUGCCACCAUAGUAGGAAUCUCCAAAUAUGAAAGCAGCAUUAAAGUGAAGAGCUGGUACUUAAUAUCUUUCCAUACCAUAUGUAUGGGACACAUCCACUAUGAAUUAUAGUGUAGAAUGCCUUUAUGUGACAUGUAGUACAGUUGUUGGAUUACAUUUCUGGCAUUUCAUUGUGAUACACCUGUUCCAGUAGUAGGCACCAAAGUAAAUUUUCCUUCCUAGAAACAUAUUUGUUGAAAGAAAGGUCUAAAUAACUUUGUUUUAAAGAACAUAGAAACAGAAAAUAUUGAUCUCUAUCAUAGCUAUUUAAAUAUUUAA